GUUAAAUUGUUUUUAUUGAGAUUAUUUCGAACGCUAAACUGUUUUUGACGCCUUAGCGACAUUCCCGCCGCAGUCCCCACGCACGCGCGCGCAUCGCCUGCUGCCGGCCGGCCGGCGGGGCGGAAGCGGCCCCGCCUUUCCUGUUCCGUAUCUCUCAUGAACAGCCGUGCGUGUUCACGAGGUGCGGGGAGUCGCGUUCCCGCGUCAGAAUACCGGCUUGAGCCGGAAAAGAGCUGUCACAGCCGGCAGCAGAUGCAGAGCGAGGACAAAGAUGCUCCCGCUCCCCCCGCCAGCCACACCGGAGCCGCGCCGCUGCUGACGGACCCCCCACCCCGGAGCCGCAGCAUCCCCGCGCAUCUGCUGCUGUUUCCCGCCAGAUCCCAGGACAGCGGCAUGACGGCGAGAUAAAGGAGGAGGCAAGUCCGCCGCGAGGCCGCCUCACCCACGUUGCAGCCAUGAAGGUGCUGGAGAUGCGACGCUGCCUGGGCCCAAACAUUUACCCUGAGGUUCCUGAUGGGGGCUGGGGCUGGGUUGUGGCAGCAGCCUUUUUUCUAGUGGAGGCCAGCACCUACGGGGUCAUCAAGACGCUGGGCAUCUUCCUCCAGGACCUCAUGGAGGAGUUUGGAGAGAGCAACAGCCGCGUCUCCUGGGUUAUCUCCAUCUGUGCCUUCGUCAUGACCUUCUCUGCACCUUUGGCCACAAUGCUGAGCAAUCGCUUUGGCUUUCGUCCUGUGGUCAUGAUGGGGGGCUUCCUCACCUGCUUGGGAACCAUCACAUCCGCCUUCACCAGCUCCAUCAAGGAGAUGUACAUCACCAUAGGCCUGAUCUCAGGCUUUGGUUACUGCCUCUCUUUCCUCCCCACCGUCACCAUCCUGGCGCAGUACUUCUGCAGACGCCGUUCCCUCGUCACCUCUGUGGCUUCGUCAGGAGAGUCGUUUGCUGUUUUUGCGUUCGCUCCAGUCUUCUCCAGGCUGAAGGAGGACAUCGGCUGGCGCUACUGUCUGAUCAUCAUGGGGGUCAUUCAGGCCUCUAUAAUCAGCUGUGGGCUCCUGCUCCGCCCCAUCGUCAUAGAACCAGAAACUGUGCAGGGCGCAGAAUCAAAGACAGACUCCGCCUCCCAGAGUGACUAUGAGCUGGAGAACGAGAAAACCUGCACCUCCGUGGACUCUGCUCUGUCUCGAGGCUCGGAGGACUCGGGGGUCCCUCUCUCUGAGGAGGACAUGGGGUUGGAGGAGGAGAAAGCCAAGGAAGAGCUAGAGAGACCCCUCCCCCCCCCUCCCAGCCCUACCUCAGGAAAAGAUGGGAGCUUCCUCCCAGACUCAGAGGCUGGUCCUCUGAAACCCCGCAGCCCCAAACUCCUGGACUUCUCCGUGCUCAGAGACGGCGCCUUCAUCUGGUACUCGCUGUUCGGCCUGUUCGCUACUCUGGGCUUCUUUGCCCCCCAGCUCUAUGUCACCGAGCUGAGCAAGAGCAGAGGCGUGCCUCUGACCGCGUCCUCCUGCAUGCUCUCCGUCAUGGCAGUGGCUGAGAUCUUUGGCCGGCUUUCCAUCGGGGUGGUGUUGAACAGAGUGCGCUGCAGGAAGACCGUGGUGCUGCUGGGCUGCGUGGUGCUGCUGUGCCUGGUGCUGGUGGCCUUUACCGUAGUCUGGGAGUUCUGGGGUCUGGUGGUGUGCUGCGCCCUCUACGGCUUCUUCCUGGGCACCGUGGCCUCCACACACAUCCCCAUGCUGGCUGAGGAGGACGUGGUGGGCAUCCAGAAGAUGUCGUCCUGCGUGGGAGUCUACGUUUUCAUCCAGAGCUUUGCUGGACUGGCUGGACCCCCUCUGGGAGGCGUCCUGGUGGAUGUGACCGAGAACUACGGCGCUGCGUUUUACUCAUGUGCGGCUGGCAUGGGGCUCAGCGCCGUCUGCCUGGCUCUAGUGGGCGUGGCAAAGUCCGGGAUGUGGCAAAGACGGAGCCGACAGGAGCAGACAGACGUAGAGCAGGAGGAGAAGCUGUCUGGGUGCAGUGAUGAUUCAGACUUCCUGGAGUUGGACUUUGGCCCACAGAAUGGUCCUGUCCCAGCGGGGAAGGAUCUGCAGGAGUCGUCUGUGAUCUGAGCCGGCGGCAGCGAUGCUUCACCAACAACAACGCAAACCAAAAGACUGCUGCUCCAAUCUGAACCAAACAGACCGAAUCCCCUCGGAGAUGUUUCCCUCACAGCUCUGAAGGCAGAUGGUUGCAUCCAGUUCUGUUCCUCUACAGAAGAACCGCCCACAGGCUGAGCGUGGGGCUCUGCUGGAGGCCAGGGCGCCACUGGAACCCUGUAGUUCACCUCUGUUAGUGCAACUCCUCCUGCUGCUCCCGUCUCCACAGAAUCUCAGGAAAGACUGACCUGGCAGUCACAUGACCAAACUGCAGGUGCUGGUCUGUAUUUCAUCGUUGGCUUUGGCUCUGCAGUGAACUUCACAGCCAGCCGGUCACUGCUGCCAAACGUGCACUCUGCACAGAGCAUGUCUCCUGGUCCUGUUCGUCUCUGUGUUAUCCUGCUGGUAGGGUUUAUGCAACACUGUAGACCCCCCCUCUUGAGACCUGCAGCACAACUGGAGUAGAGAUCGACCCACAAACUGCUUUAUAUUUAAAGUUUUUUUUAAAGAGUUUCCUGAUCUUGUUUUUGUCAUUUUUUUAAUGAACUUGGUUCCUCCAUGUACUGUAUCACUGUCAUUUCAUUUUUUAAAUAAAUGCUAUUGUAACGCGUUGUGUAAUUAUAAA